AUGCCUCUUCGCCUCGCGACUUCUAGAAGGCUGUCACCUUCUCUCACCAGCGGCAGCAGCAGCAACAGCAAAGUCCCGAGCCCUUUUGGCACAACAGCAAGAUUCUCAACGACGACUCGAGUCGCCUAUCCUCGUAGUCAUCAUCAAGCUACUCACUAUGAAACGCUCAAUGUUCCUGUCACUGCCACAACGGCCGAGAUAAAAAAACAGUUCUACGCCCUCUCCCUAAAACACCACCCAGACCGCAACCGCUCCGAUCCAAGCGCCACCGAUCGCUUCGCCAACAUUUCCUCUGCAUAUCAUAUCCUCGGCGACAGUUCGAAACGGGCGCGGUACGACCGAGACUAUGGCAUCCAUAGCAGCAGUGGCGGCGUCUCCGGCCAUCACAACCACCCAAUGGGCAGUCACAGCAGCGGCAGCGCCGGCGGCGGCGGCGGCAGCUCGUAUUUCGGCUCGCGGCCUGCAAGUGGUUUGAGUAAGAGAAGAGGUACUUUCAAGGGCCCGCCUCCUAGCUUUUAUGCUCAUGGCGGGUAUGGCGCAAGAGCUUCGCGGCCGGGGGCUGGCGGGUUUUAUUCGGGGAGUGCAGAGAGUCCCAAUACUGGAAAUAAUAGCAGCAGCAAUGGUACUACUACUGCGCCGACAGAGGAAGAUCCGUCGUCGUUCAUUCACAACAAUCCCGUGUGGCACUUCAACGCCAAGGGCCAUUUCAAGACACAGGCGGCCGAGGAUGCCCGACGACAACAGAGACGCGCACAUCAAAGACGGCGCGAGCAAGAAAUCAGAGAUAGUGGUGUGGACUCGACUGGAAGUCUCAUCUUGCGGUUCAUGAUUGUUUCCGGCAUCCUGGUCUCGGUGGCGUCUCUUGGUGGAUUGUUGAGAAACAAUAGUGGAUAUACUACCGCGAAACAACCAAAUUCCCGAAACAAGGACCGCUGA